AUAGAAGCCAGAGACAAGAAUGGCUGCUCUCCGUUGCAUCUUGCUGUCAAAUCUGGUUAUAAAGGAUCAAUACGAGAGCAUGUUCGGGUACUGGUUGGACUUGGUGCCGAUGUAAAUACCGCUGACAGCAACGGGUCAACACCACUACAUUCAGCUGCUCAGCUAAGAGGGUUCGCAGGGAUAGUACAUGAACUCCUUCAGGCUGGAGCAAGGAUCGAUCAGAAAGACAAAAACGGCCGCACCCCAUUGCAUCUGGCAGCAAAAUCAAAAUGUCUAGAUAAUAUAGAAUUGCUUGUCAGCCGUGGGGCAAAUAUCGAAGCUGUUGAUGCAGAUGGAAAAAAUCCACAGAUGCUCGCGGACAAGGGGUGUAAUGGUUGGUGGGCCCAGAGAGUUCAUGCUGAGGCCAUCUUUACAGGAGCAGCAGCAGAUUCA